AUGAGGAUGGGAAAACGCUCAGCAGAUGAAUUCAUCACAGACUAUCUCAUGACUGCCGGAGACAGUGGAUUUGACCUAGAAUCCACUGUUGACUACUUCCACCAAGCCAUACACCUGGAAAUCCUCAAACAAAUCUAUAGACUAACAGAAAUGCCGACUACAAUGAAUGACUGGGUAAAAUACACCCAAAGAUUUGACAACCAGUGGAGAGAGCUCCAGAGCAUAAAAAGCUCUGUCCCCACCAUGAUGCCCCGUCGCAACAACCCCUUCCGCUACGACUCUUCCAAUGCUCCUGCCUCCAUGAAUAAUUCAAUUCUAGGCUAUGAGCUGAGGGUGGGUGUUUUUAUUGCCAACAAAAAGGACAUAUGGCAAACCAAUGCCCUGCUAGGGCUUUGUCUAGGGUAUAUGAAGAGGGAAUUGGAUAUGUUCAACCAGGUGGUGGGAAAGUGGGGUACCACCUGGCUCAAGCUAGCAGAGCAUUGGCUAGCCGAGGAGGAAGCUAUGGCAGAGCACUCCUAG